UCCAUGCCUCAAUUACUUGGAGGAUAUCAUCAGUAUUUUGUAGGGAACGUUCCCGCCUUGAGCGAAUGGAGACACAGUUCCAUAUCAUCGAUAAUGUUGGAGUAUUUUCUGGACUCCCCAACUAGAAAUUUUCAGUUGUCGCGAAAUUGCUUUACUGGGCAAUCCGCUAUCGCUGAGAUGAACAAUUUCCUGUUGAAUAAUAUCAGUACUACUGCAAGGUCUGUUAUAAAACUCUCUUGUACCACAUCGAACGUAAGACUUUUCACCAUGUUAAGUUGGCUGAAAGGAGAAGAGAAACCCAAAAUCGAUGAGACUAAAUUCCACCAGCCUGAAUUCUACCACGGUAAUCAGGGGCCGAACUUCAAAGUUCUAACCUCAGAAAGUAACGAAGACUACGAAACGAGAAUAUACCGACCAACUAAAUGGAUUACUUCAAAGAUGGAAGUCAAAGACUACGAGGAAGGAUCGAGCAAGUCUUUUUGGCAGCUUUUCAAUUACAUUGGAGGCAAGAAUGAGACCAAAUCUAAGGUUGCCAUGACUUGUCCAGUUCGUUUGACAGUCGAAGUGGAUCAAGACCAGGUCAAGUCUGCAAGAAUGUCUUUCUUUGUCGAUCCUACUAAAGAUUGCCCAGCCCCGACUGAAGAAGGCCUGUUCUUCGAAGAAGAAGGGGAAAAGAAGUUCUACGUGUGCAAUUUUGGAGGCUUUGCCAAACAUCAACUGAAUACAGAACAUCUGAAAAAGCUCAGAGCUGCUUUGGAUCGUGAUGGAAAGCGUUACGUAACAGAUACGUAUUACACUGCUGGCCACGACGCUCCUUUCAGACUAUGGGGGCGAAGAAAUGAAGUUUAUGUGGAAGCUAAGGACUAGAGCCCUUACUACAUGUAAUAACUAAG